UCCAAACUCUCGUCUCAAUUGGUUGGGAAAGUAUUUAAACCGACAGAUCCCAAUCCGUCCCCUCUCUGUGGGUCGCGCAUAUCGCAGAAAAGAGAACUUUUCAUCGUGGCUUCUUCGCCCUCAGUGUGAUUGGAUACGCGAUCUUAAUUAGUUCAACACCCCGCAUUUUUGUCUACGGAUCAUUUUGAUAUUGGACUGCGGAGAUGGCAGAGGAGGUUCACAAGGUUAUUUUGAAUGUAUACGACUUAAGCCAAGGAUUAGCUAGGCAAAUGUCCAUGGCUUUCUUGGGGAAAGCCAUCGAGGGCAUAUGGCACACGGGAUUGGUGGUUUAUGGUAAUGAGUACUAUUUUGGGGGAGGCAUACAACAUGCUCCUGCUGGGUCAACACCGUAUGGCACACCAAUUAAAGUGGUAGAUUUGGGUGUCACACAUGUGCCCAAGGAUGUAUUUGAGAUGUAUUUGCAGGAGAUCAGUCCCCGGUAUACUGCAGAAACCUAUAGUUUGCUUACUCACAAUUGCAACAACUUUAGCAAUGAGGUUGCUCAGUUUUUGGUGGGUGCAGCCAUUCCAGACUAUAUUUUGCAGCUUCCUAAUGAAGUUAUGGGCAGUCCAAUGGGAGCUCUUAUUAUGCCCAUGAUACAGAAUCUGGAAGCAACAUUGAGAAGUGGUGCAGCUCCUCAAGCUCCGCAGUUCAGGCCUGCUUCCAUGGUGCGAACGACCACUAGCACUGCGAAACCCUUGAGCACUUCCAAAAAAGAGAUUGGUGACAAAUUGAAAUCUGGAGCGCAGCAGCGCACCAAGUCAGAGGAGCAGGGAGCAUCAGGAAGUGUGGUUAAACCUCCCAACGGAGUUGUAGAUCCUCUCGGGGAUGCUCGAAGUAAGGUGCAAGAGGAGAUCUCUGCUGAGUUUGCUGCAAUCAUGGCAAGUGGAACACUGCGGGCAAGCGAGGCUGCAGCGCUUGCAACAAGAAGAGUGAUGCAGAGAUAUGGUCAUGCAGGUACCACGAUGUCACAGGGUUAAGGGUUUGCGUUGUUUCAGAGUUGUGUUGGAGUUUGGCAAUUAUUUUUGGAAGCUGCAAUUCGAUUUGCUUCCGAACAUUAUAAAAUCAAGUGAUCAUGUUACCUGUAUGAAGCUGAAUCCGUAGACGAUGAUCAUAGGGUGUUUGUAUUUUCUGUUGAAUAAUUAAUGAUCUUGUAGCGUUUCAUCCGUGGCUUCGUAGUCUAAAAUAUUUAAGGACUACUUGUAGAGCCGAAUACUUGUCCUCAAAGAGGCCUCAUUUGGAUUUGAGUGAUUUGGAAUUGAAUGGUUUUAGUUCA